AUGAAUGUGAUCAAGCUCUCUGCAACUGACUUUCCCGUCAAGUCCGUGAAGAUAUUCAGCUCCGACGUAGCUGAAGUCACUCGCAUUCUCCCCCUCAACUUUAACCAGCCUCUAAAUGAAUCGCUAGCCAUCGAGAUUUCAAACCUUCCCCUCCUCUAUUGGCAGAGUGGAAUUCGGGCAUCUGUGACCAUUGGUUCAGAUGAUUUUCUAGUCAUGGAUUACUACCACAGCCCGUCAGAAUAUAAACCCAACCUGUUUGGCUAUCGGCCUGAGACUACUAGUGAUGUCCUUCGAGAUCUGCGGGCCGAGUUGACGCGCUUAGAGGACGAGCGUCAACUACGGCAACAAAGCUUUGUCUUCCUGUCGACGUACAUGAACUCCGUUGCCAAAGGAGAUGCUUUGGCAGGUGUAGCAGAACCUGCACAACUCGUCGCAUUCUUUGAUGAGUUCAUAGACAUUGGCAAGAGUCGAUCUGAAGUCAUCGCGGUACUUGACCAGCAGAUCAAGGACGUUAAGAAGGAGAUAGACGAAGGAAUCCAGCGACUUCAUCUCGAAUCCUGGUACUUGUCGACUAAAGCCACUGUUGUUCUUGCACCAGUUUCUGGCCGCACCGCCACGGUCGCUGAGCUGGAACUGAAGUACAGGGUCAGCGCUACCUGGAAGCCUGUAUACGAACUGCAUGUUACGACCAUUGACGGUGUCCCUUCUUCAUCAGUCGUUCUGACUUAUCGAUGUCAAAUUUCUCAGUGUACCGGGGAGAAUUGGGACAAUGUGGAGCUUGCGGUGACAACAGAAAAGCCCUUUGUUCCUUUAGUAGGAGUCCCUGAACUCAAGAAGACGGAGUUAAAACAACAAGGGUCCUUUUUGCAGCCUGACCAACCGGCAGGCAGGCCCCGAAUUUUACCAUUAUGGAAUACCACAGAAUAUGCUUCACCUUUUGCAGAUAUUUUGUCCUCAACACAGAAAGACAGGCAAUCCAUAUUUGGAAGCAUUCAGAGUGCCUCUCACCAAGCUGGGGCUGCACAGGGACCUACAGCAGACAACGUGUUCAAAGUUUCACAGGGACAACCUACUGCCACAACCCAAAGUCUCUUUGCAUUUACUCCAGCGCAAUCAAGUGCACUGGCAGGUCAACCUUUCGGAUUUCCUCCACCACAAUCACAGGCAUAUUCCUCAACGAUUAUUCCACCAUCAGAAUCCACUACGCGGAACCCGAGUGUGUCGGGUUAUGGCGGGAGUAAUGCCACAGAGGACACCAUUGCCUUCAACCAAUCAAGACCAAACUUGCAGCAGUCUCAGUCAUUGACUUCUUUGUCCGCUUCCGCGCAGCCAUCAUCGUCACAGCACCAAAGAGACAGCGCAGUGUUAGCAGAGCUUGACAAAGCCGUGACCCAUACAACGACCACAAAUGUAUUCAUUCCAAGCCGUGUAGAGGGGGGCACCCAUCACAUUCUUAUAGCAACCAUCCCACUAGAAGCAUUAUUUACUAGAGUUGCAGUACCGAGCGUGAACUCUCGCGUCUUUUGGACUGCCGAGAUUUCGAACACAAGCAACUAUAUACUGACUCCGGGCACUAUUCACACUUACUUGGAUGGAAGUCACGUUUCUGACAGUGACAUUACGAGUAUCAACCAGCCACAAACCAUCCAAUGCUCUCUUGGUAUUGACCCCGCGAUAACUGCGCAGUAUAACCGCACUGUCCACUCAAUACCUGAGUUCGCCGUGCAUAACGACAGGGCGAUUACAACGCAUACUGUCACAACCACCCUCAAAAACACGCACCACGACCCCAUCAGCAACGUUAUCGUUCGCGCAUCUCUGCCGAUUUCUGCAGACCCUCGUGUUAAAGUCAGAUUGCAAGAACCCGAAGGCCUUGCUGACAUCUACUCAGGAAUGGUACGAGCAGGAGAUGGGUGUUAUGCGAGGUGGUCGACCACUGGUGACCGCGCAGGAAAGGAUGAAGGACUGUUCGAGUGGGUGUGCUUUAGCGUGAAACCUGGUUCACAGGUGUUGAAAGCAGUGUGGCGCGUGACCGCCCCUCAGGGUCUUAGUCUCACAGAACCAUAG